AUGAAAAUACCAUCCGACCGUCGAUCCUCCGAUGCAUCUUACGCUCCAUACAGCGUUACGUCCCCGAGAUCAUUUCAACAGCCUGCUCUACCGAAUCGAACUACUGGAAACAAAAAGUCUAAUGUACCUCAAUUGGAAGUGAAAACGGAAGAGCAACCUCAAUACAAGGUGGCAAGAGCCAUUUCAUCUUGUACAAGAUGUAGAUCAAGAAAACAGAAAUGUGAUGGAAAAUUACCAGCUUGUAGUGCUUGUGAAAGAGCAAAAGUUGAAUGUAUAGGGUUUGACGCUAUCAGUAAAACUAAUAUAUCUAGAAAUUAUCUCCAUUCACUGGAACAGGAGGUCGCUUCACUUCGAGCUCAAGUGGCUGCACUCCAAUCUUCUGACACUAUCGGACAAACCAAAAAACAAAUUGCUACAAACGCUUCUCAGGCCGUUUCCUCAUUCCGAUCAGAUUUCCCUUUAGAUCCAGCAUUGAUGAACGAGGAUGGGAACUCGUCAACUCUACAAAGUCCACUAGAAUCACCCAAUAUAAGCAAUCAAAGUUUUCAACAGUAUGGACAAGGACAUGGCCAUUCAGGACAUCAUAGACGACAUUCAGAUUAUCCAUAUCCCAGUACACCACUAACUUCCGAUCCGCCCAGAUCGCCAUUCUUCAAUACUCGUCCUCAUCCAACCGGACAAGCUGCUGGUAUCCAAUCUACAAGUUUAACUAGAAUGGUUCAUGAUGCAGCCUAUCGAACGGGCCAUGCUGUCAAUUCAGCUUCAUCCCUGAAUCCUGCAGGAUCAGCUACCGGUAGCGAUAAAGGUUCAAGCAUUCAUGGCACAGAUUCACCUGUAACACAAAACACAGAAGUUGGGAAUUAUAGUUCUCCUGAAAAUGUCUUAACUCCAAAAUCAGGAAUAGCCAUUCCUGGUCCACCAAGAAGACCACCUUCAGCUUCCCCUCUAGCCACUCCUGCAAAUCUUCUAUCAUCAAGUGGUGGUAGUAAUAGUAAAAGUAAAAGAAGACCUUUUGCUAUACCUCCUCUACCUCCUCAACCCGCCGUGGAAAGAUUAGUUGCUGCGUAUGUCGAUUUUGUUGGAGUAACAGGACCGAUCAUACACAUCCCUUCAUUAGGUAAACAGUUGAUGAAGAUCCGAGAUGGAGUAGACGUAGAGGAAGGUGAUGUUUUCGUUGUUAUGAUGGUUCUUGCCUUGAGUACGAUGGCUUCGUCUCGAUUCGUUGACCCGCCUGACGAACUCAGAGCUUGCUCGGAAGCGUUCCAUGCUGAAGCUAUGAAACAUCUUGAUGCGGUAUUCGAAGAGCAGAGCUAUAUCGGCCUGCAAGCUAUCCUUCUGCUUGUUUGGUAUUCCCUUCUCAACCCCGACAAGGGUUCGAUUUGGUUCCUGGUCGGAUUGGCUACUAGAACCUGUGUUGACUUGGGAUACCAUAACGAACACAACACCCAAGUUGAUCAAAUCGAUUCCUUGGAACUGGACAUGAGAAGAAGAUUAUUCUGGUGUACAUAUAAAAUGGAUAGGCUGUUAUCUCAAAGUUUGGGUCGACCUCCAAGCAUCCCAGAUGGAUUUAUAAACGUACCUUUGCCCUCCCCAAUGCACGAUAUUGACAUCCACCCCAACCACUACGGUCCACUGGAAGGAGAACCUUGCUCCUAUAAAGCUGUAUUCUUGCACACUACCAAAAUGAGACAACUGCAGUCAGAAAUCUUGUUCAACACUUAUGGUAUUCAUGGAUCGACUGGAAGGAUUCCAAGUGAGGAAUGGAGACAGGACUGUUUCGAAAGACUGAAGACUUGGCUGGCGGAGGCUCCCGAACCAAGAGGCACUGUCUCAACAGAAGGUUAUGCUAUCAGUUUUCAUAAUUCCUGCUUGCUACUCUUCCGACCAUCACCAGGAUGUCCGCGACCCGGUCGAAGUGCCCUUUCCACGGUACUCACCUCUUCGAGCUAUGUCAUACGAAUCUACAGGAGAAUGCAGAUCAACAACAGAAUCAGUUGGCUUUGGAUGACUAGCCACUUCUCUUUCAUGGCUGGUCUUUCCUUCUUAUAUGCUUAUUUCAAUCUGUACUCUAUGGGUGGAGGAAAGGAUGUGCCAAGUAUCGAAGAUGCACUCAUGGUCAUCGACUCAUGUUUGAAUGUGCUGGAUUUCCUAGCGCCACGAGUUCCCUCAGCGUCGGGAUGUCAUGAAACUAUGCAAUCAGUCUCUCAAGCUAUCUUCGAGCAAUUGUCGAAACUCGAUCCCCCACCAACCAUGUCUUCCUCGGCUGAUUCUCCUGGUCGAGGCAUUUCACGUGGAGUACCAAUUUCCUCCUCUCGUGAAGAUCCAUUACCGAAUGAAUCAUUCCCCGCUCCUCUUCCUGCGAUCGCUUUACCUUACGAAUUAAGCCUGCUGGAUAACCUGUUCCGCAACCCAAUGGCAUCGCAUAAUAAAGCAUCGGAAUAUACCUCGAAUCAAAAAUGUCGAAAUAAGAAGAAGAAGGCACAAGAUCAACAAGUUAAUGUUGAUUAUGGUGGAAUAGGGAAUUAUAGACAAUCCUCGGGCUCCAAUUCAAAUCAUAAUAACAACAAAGGAUAUCCACCAGGAGCUUUCCAUACUCAAUCCAAUUCCAAAGCUGAUGAAGUUAGAAGAGUCUAUGGGGGAAAUAGAACAGACUCGGAUGUUGAAGGCUAUACGACUGAAAGCCUUCUAGGUCCUUAUACGUUAGCAAUGGGUCUAGGUUCCACCCAAUCAGCUGGAUUCAACAAUGGUAACAUUGACAACACGAAUCAGGCUCAGAACCAUAAUCAGAAUCAAAAUCAAAAUGGAGGUAAUGACCAUCAACAACCAACGUUUACAAAUUCCCAACAACCUUCAUCGUCAACGAUCUCUUCGAGCAGUAGAGAAUUGCCGAUGUUGAAUGGAUCAAAUGGUGUGGAAGAUCAAAACGGGUUUGACUUGUUCAGCUUCUUGAUGGACGAAGAAGGUCUGGGUGGGAAUGGAUUUACAGCAUUGGAUGUUCCUGCUGAUUUCUCUUUGUGGAGUUAA